AUGUCAUCCACACCUCCUUCGUCAUCUGCUUCCAACAACACCAACUUACCCACUCCAUCUCCCACAACAACCACCCGAAAGAAAAUUCUUCAAAAAACUCAAACUCUUGAUGACGAUGAUCUUGUCAGUCGUGAAACCAAUUCUCUCCGUGAACGAUCCAAAGCUCAUCCCAUUUUCAAAACUGCUUCUUCCUCUCAAUCAACAACGAUUGGAUCCAAUACUACAUUGACUAAAUCCUCAGUGUCAUCAUCAUCAAAACAAAAUCUCUUUUCUCAACUCAUCACGGAACAAGAAUUUAGUAAAAAUCAUGUUUGGGUUGAAAAGAGUCAAAUUCCUCCAAACAAGUUAUCCAAAUCAUCAUUUGCAAAAUCAAAGGAUGGAGAUUCACUUUAUGUCAUUGGAAAAUUAUUGGAACGAAAUGGAAAUUUGGUAAAUGUUGAAAUUUUACCAAAUCAAAUUCCACAAGGAUUAAAGAACACAUCAAGUGGUAGUAGUAGUUCAUCAUCUUUGGUGAUUCAAUUACCAGUGAUGGAUGUCAUGUUUAUGAAUCCUCCGAGUAUGAACAAGUUACAAGAUUUGACACAAUUGACCAAUGUCAGUGAACCAUGUUUGAUUUAUUAUUUAAAAAGUCGUUUAGGAGAAGAGAGAAGAAAUUCCAACCAUAAGGAUCAGAAUCGAGGAAAUGAUGGAUUGAUUUUCACAGAUUGUGGAGGAGUUGCCAUGUUGUCUACUCUUUCAUGGAAUCAUCAUUCUUCGUCACACCAUGGUGUCACUCGUCGAGAACAUGACGAGAAUUCCUCAUCGACAAAAUUCAAGAGUGCGUAUUUAUUGAAUCAUUUAGUAACCACACAACAGAAUCAAUCCAUUGUUGUGCUAGGAGACAGUGCGAGUGGAAAGUCAACCACUUUGGUUCAAAUGUUGGAAGAUUUUGCAGAAUUGACCAAUAGUAAGAUGAUGAGUCGAGUCUUGGAUGUCAUUCGAGUGUUAGAAGCAUUUACCAAUUCUAGUACUGAGCAAAGUAAAUGUAGUAGUCGAGUGACAAGGAAUAUUCAUUUACAAUUAUUGAAUAAUGAUAAGGAAGGCCAUUCAUUUCCAAUUAAGGUGUGUGGAGCGUAUGUGGAAUGUGUGAAUUUACAAGUCACUCGUUCCCUAGUGAGAGUCAUGGAAAAAUUGGUGGAUUCAAGUUCGACCUAUGUGGAAAAGAUGAAUCCAGAUCAAUUCAUUCACAAUUUUCAUGUGUUUUAUCAAUUAAUGGCAGAUGCAACUUUAAAAGAAAAGUACAAGUUGACACAAUUACUUGAUAAGGAUCAUCAUCAGGCUGGAAAAUUAACAUUUUCAAUUAUUCAAAAUUCAAUGAAGAAUAUUGGAUUUACAGAGAAGGAAAUUGGAGAUGUCACAAAAAUUUUGUGUGCCCUUCUUCAUUUACUCAAUUGUGAUUUUAUUGAAAAUGAGAAUCGAAAGGACGAGAAUGAUCGUUUGGCGAUUCUCUCCGAUUCUUCGAAAUCUUCCUUUAAUAGAACGAUCAAAUUAUUGGGCGUCGAUGAACUAGAAUUGUUCAACACGAUUGUGAAACCAAAAGUCAGCGUCAACUCGAACUUGAUGGAAACCUUUGCAGAUGCUGUACAAGCAAAUCACAAUAAGGAUUUAAUCAUUAUGACUCUCUAUGAAGGAUUGGUACAAUGGAUUGUGUCACGCAUGAAUGAAAUUUUGAAAUCUCCUGAGAACAAAGAAGAACCAUUACUUGAAAUUUCACUUUUCGACAUUGGAGUUGGUUUUGAAAGUCUUGCAACAGGUGUCGAUGCUGCCAGAGGUGUGAAAUUUAACUCUCUCGAACAACUAGUUCAAAAUUAUUCGAAUGAAAAAUUGAGAGAUUUGGUGAAUGAACAACUCUUCAAGAAUGCACAAGAUGUGUACCAGAAAGAAGAAAUUGGAUGGAAAUGGAUGGAAUUUUCAGCCACUUGUUCUGUUCCAUCCAAACUUGUAAAAUUUUUAGAAGAUGAAAAGGAUGGAGUGUUUAGUGUCAUUAAGAAUCAAGCACUCAGCAUGUUUAGAGGAUCUGAUGAAGGAAUGAUCAUUAGUGAACUCUCGAAAUUAUCCUUGGCAGAUCAACAACAGCAACAUCAACAACAACAACAAUCGAAUCAGACCUCUGACAAUAAUAAUGCCUCCAAACAAGAGGCACAACUAUUCAAACCCAAUCUUGCUGAUAUGGAAAUGUCACUCACUCAUUUCAAUGGAAAAGUCACUUACAAAGUCACGAAUUGGUUCCAAAAAGCAUUGUUACCUUCAGAUUCCAUGUCCACACAUACCAAAGAAUUUCUCUCAAAAUCUUCCAAGAAUUCCAUUGUUCAAAGCAUUUACACCACUCUCUUAACUAGUCAGCAUCAUGAUACCAAGUCUACUGGCGUUCAAUUUGUCAUGGAUGUCCAUCGAGAAAAUUUAGAGAAACAAUUGGAGCAAUUGAAGCACACGGAAAUGCAUGUCAUUUAUUGCUUACGAACAUCAGCAUCGUCCUUGAACGAAAAAUUAAUUUUGAAACAAUUAAGAAAUUAUUCCAUUAAUGACAUGAUUCGAUUGGCAAGAAAGAGUUUUGCUUCCAAAAUUCCAUAUUCACAAUUUGUGAAAAGAUUUUGCGCACCAAGUGGUAUGAGUGGUGACUUGAAACAAGCUGCUAAAAAGUUAUUGGAAGAGCACAAAUGGUCUGAAAAUACUGAUUUCAAACUUGGAAAGACCAUGGUUUUUCUCAAACCAGCACAUGAGUCAUUGUUGUAUUCACACUUUUCGAAUUUACGUCAAUAA